UCUGGCUGUUCAAAUCUGAGUGUCUUACCAGAAAACAUUGGUUUCAUGCCAUGUUUGAAAGAGCUUUUCCUUGAUGAAACAGGGAUAAAGGAGUUACCAGGCUCUAUUUUUCGCCUCGAAAAUCUUCAAAAGCUUAGCCUAAAGAGCUGCAGAUCUAUUCAAGAGCUUCCUAUGUGCAUAGGAACAUUGACAUCACUGGAAGAACUAGAUCUGAGUAGCACUUCACUGCAAAAUCUUCCGAGUUCUAUUGGAAGUUUAAAAAAUCUCCAGAAGCUGAGUUUGAUGCACUGUGCAUCCCUUUCUAAGAUACCUGACACUAUUAAGGAGCUCAAAUCAUUGAACAAACUAUUCAUCUACGGAAGUGCAGUGGAGGAGCUGCCUCUAAGCCUAGGCUCACUGCCAUGUUUGACUGACUUUUCAGCAGGAGGAUGUAAACUUUUGAAGCAUGUUCCAAGUUCCAUCGGUGGAUUAAACUCUCUUCUCGAACUUGAGUUGGAUUGGACACCAAUUGAGACUCUACCAGCAGAGAUUGGUGACUUGCACUUUAUUCAAAAACUUGGGUUGAGGAACUGCAAGUCUCUGAAGGUUUUGCCCGAAUCAAUAGGAAACAUGGACACACUCCAUAGCUUGUUCCUUGCAGGCUCUAACAUUGAGAAACUGCCUGAAACUUUUGGCAAGCUUGAAAACCUAGUCUUACUCCGAAUGGACAACUGUAAAAUGAUCAAGAGGCUUCCUGAAUCAUUUGGAGACUUGAAAUCGCUUCACGGUCUGUACAUGAAGGAAACUUCGGUGGUAGAGCUGCCAGAAAGUUUUGGAAACCUCUCGAAUCUAAGGGUAUUGAAGAUACUGAAGAAGCCUCUCUUUAGAAGUUCUCCAGGUACAAGUGAAGAACCUACUUUUGUUGAAGUACCAAACUCUUUCUCAAACCUCUUGUCACUUGAGGAGAUAGAUGCUAGAGGUUGGGGGAUAUGGGGUAAAGUCCCUGAUGAUCUUGGGAACCUUUCAUCUCUCAAGAUACUAGAACUGGGGAAUAACUAUUUUCACAGUCUUCCAUCUAGUCUUGAGGGGUUAUGGAAUCUUAAAGUAUUUACAUUGUAUGACUGCCAAGAGCUGAAGUGUGUUCCUCCUCUUCCUUGGAAACUGGAGAGGCUUAACCUGGCAAACUGCUUUUCAUUGGAGAGUAUAUCCGACCUUUCAAAGCUGCAGAUCUUGGAUGAGCUCAAUCUCACAAACUGUGGGAAAGUGGAUGAUGUUCCAGGCCUAGAGCACUUGAAGGCUCUGAAAAGAUUAUACAUGAGCGGCUGCAACUCUAGGUUCUCUGUUGCAGUCAAGAAAAGACUUUCCAAGGCUUCUUUGAAAAUGAUGGUGAAUCUGAGCUUACCUGGGAACAGAAUCCCUGACUGGUUCUCACAAGGCCCUAUCACAUUCUCACCUCAACCCAACAGAGAGCUCAGAGGCGUAAUCCUGGCAGUUGUUGUGGCUCUUAACCAAGACUGCAUAGAUGACUACCAGCUGCCUGAUGUGAUGGAGGUGCAAGCACAAAUUCUCAAACUUGAUUCACCCUUAUACACCCACACAUUGCACCUCUCUGGAGUUCCAAGAACAAGUGAUGAUCAGCUCCACAUCUGCCGAUACUCAACUUUGCAUCCGAUGAUUUGGACGUUUAAAGAUGGGUACACCAUACAAGUCGUUAAACGGGAACCACCAAUCAAACAAGGCGUUGAGCUAAAGAUGCAUGGGAUUCAUUUUGUUUAUGAAGGGGAUGAUGAUUUUAAAGGUGAAGAACAUGUAUUGAACGAGACACAGCUCACUGUCUCUCAGAAGCUUGCCAAU